CAAGUUCGGAAAUCAGGUUCGGCCAUGAGCUUAACCGCGAUAUGACGAGUCCAUCGGCUAAGACAUCGCGCCCCGACGGAGAAAGGCAAUGACUUAACCCGAGAUACUCUCCCUCGAAUCAUCUAAGUUCAUCAAGCUUCUAUCAUCGACUGGCUUGACUACAAUUCAUUCUGUUGUUCAGAUAUUUUCUCUCGCUAGAUUCCGCCACCAUCAUGCAACAGUCCGAAGAGAAAACCCUCCACCUGGUGGGCGUGGGUGUCACCCACUCCAUUGCCCCCGAAAUGCAUAAUUAUAUCGCCAAUUCAUUGGGUCUGCCAUGGACGUUCUACGCAACCGAAUGUCCAACACUCGACGAUGUGGUGGCCCUGGGAAAGAAGUCUACGACCUCCGGCCUGGUAGUCACCAUGCCAUACAAAAACACCAUCAUGAAGCAUCUGGACGAGAUUGACGAUCUUGCAACCAUCAUUGGCGCUUGCAACAACGUCUACUACAAAGAUGACGGUCGCAGACGUCUGUGCGGCACCAACACCGACUGGAGAGGCGUCAAGGGUUGUCUCUUGGAAAAGGGCGAGGAGAAAGAUCGACCUUCAGCAGAGCGUCCGGCCUCUGCUCUAGUCGUGGGAGCAGGUGGUGCGAGUCGUGCAGCCGUCUAUGCCCUCGCCAAUCAACUUUACUGUCCGACGAUUUACAUUCUGAAUCGAGAUGAUCAAGAAGUGGAGAGUCUCAUCGCCGAUUCACGUCGACUUCCUGCGAUCCCCAAGAUCAUCCAUGUCAAGUCUCUGAGUGAGGCAGAGACUCUAUCAACUCCGUACUAUAUCGUCGGAACUGUGCCCGAUUUUGAGCCAACUACGGAGUCGGAGUUGGCUGUAGCUUCGAUUUUGAAGCAUUUCCUAUCUAGGUCGCAAAAAGGUGUCUUAUUGGAUAUGUGUUUCAAGCCUCGGAGAACCAGAAUGAUCAAGUUGGCCGAGCAGUUGGAUUGGCCGUGUGUGGAGGGCACGCAUAUCAUCGGGUACCAGAUUGAAGAACAAUGGCGCUUGUGGGCGGGGGAGGAUCGUCUUCAAAGGUUAGAUCGAGAGGGCGCCUGGAAUGUCCUGCUGAAAGCUGCCGAGAACAGCAAAGGUAUCAAUUUCUAGAUCAUGUUAGUUUCAAUAGUAUGUUAGUUGAAUUACUUCCUCGGAGA